AUGACUUCCAAAGAUGAAGCCAAGUCGUCCUCGGUGGAGGAAAGAAGAAGGAAUGCCUUGGACCUUUUACCACCUCCUGCUAAUUCUAACAAGCCCCUGACUCCUUUCAGCAUUGAGGAUAUCCUAAACAAGCCCUCAGUCCGGAGAAGUUACACCAUAUGUGGGACAGCUCACCUACUAAGCAGCGCAGAUAAGCCUCCUGCUGCAGGGCUGCCCCUGUCCAGCAGAGCCCUUCUCUCCCAAACCUCCCCUCUCUGUGCUCUGGAAGAGCUGGCCAGCAAGACCUUUAAAGGUCUGGAAGUGAGUGUCCUGCAGGCAGCAGAAGGUCGAGAUGGGAUGACAAUUUUUGGCCAAAGACAGACCCCUAAAAAGAGGAGAAAGUCCAGAACAGCUUUUACGAACCACCAGAUUUAUGAGUUGGAGAAACGAUUUUUGUAUCAGAAAUAUUUAUCUCCGGCCGACCGUGAUCAGAUCGCCCAGCAGUUGGGACUGACCAAUGCCCAGGUGAUCACCUGGUUCCAGAAUCGCAGGGCCAAGCUGAAGAGGGAUCUGGAGGAGAUGAAGGCAGAUGUGGAGUCAACCAAAAAGAUGAGCCCUUCAGCAGUAGAAGCAGUGCUCACCAUCUCUGAGUUGGAAGAGAGCGGGUCUGAGCGAGGAAACAGUCGCAGUAGGUCGCCCCAACUUGGACUAACAUCGAACCACAUGCCCCUCUCCCCUUCUUCUCCGCUCACAGACCAGCACGCGAGCAAGGAGUGCUCGGAGGAUGAGGAGGAUGUGGAAAUUGAUGUAGACGACUGA